AUGCUCAAGUGGAAAGUCCAUGGCACCUACAACAAUCUUUAUGUACAGAGGGCUUUUUCGAAUUUGGACUCCAGCAAGUUUAAGAACGUGUCACCUACAUUGGAAGAGAAGCAAUCGCUGCUGUCGGUCACCUUUUUCCAGAAGAAGAAUGAAUUCAAUCGGAACGAGACACACACGACAUCUGCGCCGCAGCCCACCAGUAACUCGGAAAUCAUCGAUCGUCUGAAUUCAAUUUCAUCUGACGUUGAGAACCUGAAACAGUUGUUCUAUGACUUUGCAAAGCGGGUUAUGGCUAAUCUAGAGCUAUUCAAGAAUACAUUCAUU